AUGGCGCCUGCGCCACGCUUCUACACGCUGAUCGAUGCCCGUUGGGAUGCGGCUCCCUUGAUUCCUGCCUUUUCAGGCAAGAUCUCAGUGGAGGCAUCUCAGACAGCUGCCGACGGGAUGUGGGGAAGUCAGCGCACCCCUCAGCCGGCGCUGAAUAAGACAACAGGUUGCUCACAGGUCCCUUUUCGCUGUAGCAGUGCCAUCGACAAGUACUGCGACAUUUUGAAGGCAGGUAUUUUGGAUUGCCUGCACAAGCACAUGGAUGAUGUGGGUGCAGACUGCAAAGAUGCGGUCCUUGCCACCAGCAAGGCCAUCACGGCACUGAACACUGUCAAGGCAGCGGCAACACCGGCUCCUCAGGCUUUGCUUGCACAGCAUCGUGCCGGGCGAGCUUCAGACAGGGAGAAGACCCUGGAUUCCAAGCUGGCAAGCCUCACAACCAAGGGCCCGUCUGUGGUCUCAAUGAUCAAAGAUGCCGAAAGACAGGCGGAGGAUCAGUUGGCCAAAGAUGCCGACAAGAUCGAGUCACUGCUUUCCCAGAUGUCCGAGAAGAUUGGACCCAAGCCGAGUGCCGCGCCCCGCCUCGGCCAUUCUCACAGCUGGUGGAGCUACAGCGCGGCGAUACUGCUUCUGGCACUGGCCUACUUCCUCACCCAGACCGAUGAGGGAAGAAAGGUCUGGCACAGAAUGAGGAUGGCCAUGCGAGAUGGUCAACCUCUUCUUGGAAAGAAGGACUUGGAGAUGCCUUUCCCGUACGACAACGAGGUUCAGCUUUGA